AAGCAGUCCUCUGUUACAGGCACUACAGAUGCAUGAAUCCCUAGUUUGUCUUUGCUUGUGCAGUAUUCCUCCAACUAAAUUAUAAACACCUUAUACUUAGCUGCCAAAAGACAAUUCCUGUAUUUAACUUUUAUCAGUACUGGGAAUCGAACUCACGACUGCCUGCUUGCAAGGCAGGUGCUUAUGCCGCUGAGCUAAAUCCCCAGCCCUCUUUCUAUUACUUUUUAUUCACCAUUUUGACUGUAGCCAGCACCAAAUGAGUAGAAACUAAUAGCUGAUUCUUACAGUACUCAACUCUAGGAAAUAGCUUGUAUGGAGAGAAGCAGAAGAGGUGCUAUGUCUGUUGGUGGCCACUAGAGGCUCCCAGGGCUGGGCAGGGUAUGGGGGCUGUGUAUAUGUGAUCUCCCCCUAACCCCCACCUGGCCAGAGCUAAAAUAAUAAAAUGCUGAGCUCACUGUUCCCCCACCCUCUCCGUGCACUGGACUUCUGCUGCAGGACAGUGGCCCAGUGGAACGGACAGACUGACCAGCAGAAGGGAAAUAGUCGUCAGGACGGGCUCUGAGUGUCACAGUGGAGAGGGGACAGGGGCCACUAUGUCAUCAUAUCAGAAGGAACUAGAGAAGUACAGAGACAUAGAUGAAGAUGAGAUCUUAAAGACCUUGAGCCCUGAAGAGCUAGAGCAACUGGACUGCGAGCUACAGGAGAUGGACCCAGAGAACAUGCUCCUGCCGGCUGGACUAAGACAACGUGACCAGACAAAAAAGAGCCCAACAGGGCCACUGGACCGAGAGGCCCUUUUGCAGUACCUGGAGCAACAGGCACUAGAAGCCAAGGAACGUGAUGACUUGGUGCCCUUCACAGGAGAAAAGAAGGGGAAACCCUAUAUUCAGCCCAAAAGAGAAAUUCCAGCACAGGAACAGAUCACGCUGGAGCCUGAGCUGGAAGAGGCACUGGCCCAUGCCACUGAUGCUGAAAUGUGUGAUAUUGCAGCAAUUCUGGGAAUGUACACAUUGAUGAGCAACAAGCAGUACUAUGAUGCCAUCUGCAGUGGGGAAAUCUGCAACACGGAAGGCAUCAGCAGUGUGGUUCAGCCUGACAAGUAUAAGCCAGUGCCAGAUGAGCCCCCAAAUCCCACAAACAUUGAGGAGAUGUUGACAAGGGUUCGAAGCAACGACAAGGACUUGGAGGAGGUGAAUCUCAAUAAUAUACAGGACAUCCCAAUACCCAUGCUGAGUGAGCUGUGUGAUGCAAUGAAAACGAAUACCUAUGUCCGGAGCUUCAGUCUGGUGGCCACAAGGAGUGGUGACCCCAUCGCCCAUGCGGUGGCUGACAUGUUACGUGAGAACCGUAGCCUCCAGAGCCUGAAUAUUGAGUCCAACUUCAUUAGCAGCACAGGGCUCAUGGCUGUGCUGAAGGCAGUUCGGGAAAAUUCCACACUCACUGAACUGCGUGUAGACAACCAGCGCCAGUGGCCUGGUGAUGCAGUGGAGAUGGAAAUGGCCACCGUGCUAGAGCAGUGUCCUUCUAUUGUCCGCUUUGGCUACCACUUUACACAACAGGGGCCUCGAGCUCGGGCAGCCCAGGCCAUGACCAGGAACAACGAACUACGUGAGCAACUCCAGACGUGGUCGCCAGCAAAAGAAGAGAUAACACUGCCCUUUCCUUUACCAACUAGAACAGGAAGCCCUGGAUUCAUAAAUCCUCAUCUCUUCCCCUUUCCUGUAAAUAAAGGCCCUUUUGUCCACUUUGCCUGCCUCCUUCCUUGGGCUUUUGGGUGGGAAUCUUGGCACUAACCCCUAAGGGUUACUGCCAGUUCAUCAGGGGAUUAUUUAUACUCUGGGGAUCAGCAGGCAGGGAGGUUCAGGUUACUAGGAGGUAGGGGAGCUGCGUCCCUUGGUGUUCCCCAUAAACCUGCCAGUGCCUUCAGUCUUUCUUACUUUCAUAGGGUUCUUGGACUCAUUUCUGUUUCCAGAUAUGGUCAGAUUUCCCCAGGGCGUAUUCAGAGUCCUCUUAUGAUCUGAAGAGGGAAGGACUUUGAAUGGAGUUGGGAACAGAGGAAAACAACAUGAAGGGCAAGGACUUCUUUCUGACAGACUUAUUAAUAGGGCACCGGGCUACGUGCAGCUGACGCUUGGCAUGACUUUGGGGUAGAGUGGGGGAGGGGGCAGAAGUAGGGGAGCUGUGUACCUUGCAGGGAGGGAGUGGUCAGGCUGAGAAUGAACAGAUUUGAAAUCCUGAGAUUAGACAAGGAACCUGACUUAAGCAAAGUUGGGCUCCCAAUGCCCACUGUAGUUUAUUUAUGAAACAAAUGUAGAAAGUUGUCAGUCCAACAGGAGAUCAGGGGGUUCCUCCUCAUCGGAGUCAAACUCAACAUUUUCAUCUUUUACCCAUCGACCUUCUCCAUCUGGGAUCCAUCCAGAGCUGGAAAUGAAGCAAACAGAAUUGGUUAGGACAGAAGUUUAUUAAAAAGUUAGUGGCGGGGCUGGGGAUUUAGCUCAGCGGCAUAAGCGCCUGCCUUACAAGCCAGGCAGUCAUGAGUUCGAUCCCUGGUACAGAUAAAAAGGAAAGAGACAAAAAAAAAAAAAGUUGGCUGGUCCGAAGGUAGUGACUUAUUUCAAUUAAUUGUUCACAGUCAGUACAGAUUGAACUCCUUGUUCUACUCUUUCCCCCCUUCUCACUAUUGCACUUGAUUAGUCUUUAAAAAAAAAAAAGUUAGUGGCAAUAAAAAAGAAAAACUAGAGUCAGGCGGUGAUGGCACAUGCUUAUAAUCUCAGUAUUUGGGGCAUUAAGACAGGAAGAUUGCAAGUUUGAGACCAGCCUGGGCUAGCUAAAGGCCAGCUUGGACUACAUGUGAGACACUGUCUGAAAAUAAUUAAAAUUAAAAGGAAAACAGAUACGUUAGAAAAAGGGGAUCAAGGAGAAAAAUCUGAGGAAAGGGAUUGGAAUACCCACCUUCGAAGAGUGAGAUAACGGUCCAGGGCUUGUCUUCUUGUGGGGCUAAUGGGUGCAGGGGCUGAGGCAGUUGUUGACUCUUUAGCCUGUAGGCCAGACCUAGGCUCAGGUUCCCUACUGAUCUUCUCACUCUGGAAUUCAAUCUCUUGGGCUGGCAAAGGGGAACAGGAGAUAGAGGGACUAGGGGCUUCUGGUCUGUGUAGAGAAGAAUCAAAGCCUGUAAGAGCUGUGAAGGAAAAGGCCAACUCUUCUAUGACUUCCAACUCAUUAGAGCAGUCUCUUUUUUUGUUUUUUUUUUGUACUGGGAAUUGAACUCACAACCUCACACUUGCCAGGCAGGUGCUUGUGCCACUGAGCAAAAUCCCUCGCCUUCUCUCUUUCUUUCUUUUUUUCUCUUUCCUUCUUUCUUUUCUUUCUUUCUUUCUUUCUUUCUUUCUUUCUUUCUUUCUUUCUUCUUUCUUGUGGUACUGGGGAUUGAACUCAGGUCACUGUGCUAAGCAGUGUUUCUUAAACUUUUCUUAAGAUACAAAUUUUCAGGGCUGGGGAUUUAGCUCAGCAGUAUAAGCGCCUGCCUUGCAGGCAGACAGUCGUGAGUUCGAUCCCCGGUACCGAUUAAAAAAAAAAAAAAUACAAAUUUUCCUUUUUUUUUUUUUUUUUU